CAGCUAAUCCCCUUUUUCUGUUGCCAUCUGUAACUGUGGAACAUGUCAAACCCAGUAGUGGUUAUUGAGACUGUCGGCUCUUUAGGAGAGAAUCCAGUUCAGAUUAUGUGCCAAAAGUGCCAUCAGACUGUCCUCUCUGAGGUCAAAUAUUCCUCUGGAUUACUCACCUACCUUUUCUGUGGAGGACUCUUCCUCUGUGGGUUUGUGCUCGGAUGCUGCCUCAUCCCGUUCUGCGUGGACAGACUGAAAGAUGCCAAGCACACCUGUCCGACCUGCAAGACCGUCCUGGGAGUUUAUAGACGCUUAUAACCGCCGCCGCAGCUCUACGCCGGCGGCGUUGAUACGUCAUCUAAUCCUAGAGGAAACUAAUCUGCAACAAUUGUUUUUUCUAAUCAACAGAAAAUUUUAGAUAGUUUUAAAUGCUUGUCCUUUUUUUUUUAAUUCUUAUCUGAGCAGAUGUCAUCUAAACCCUCAAUGUCAAGACCCUCCUGUUCAUGGAGUUUUUAAUGAACUUUUUUUUUAAUAUCUUGCAACAAUUAAACAAUGUGGUUGCUACAAAUGUUCACUCUUUCGACCGCAAGUAAAUUGGGCGCAAUGAUU